CACAUUUUGUUGCCAAUUUUAUGAUAAAUUCAGUUUUAUGGUACAUCUUUUUGUAGUUUAAUGUCAAUUUGUUUUGAUUUUUGUGUUUGUCAGCACUGGAGCUCUUUUCCCGCGCUCCUCAUGCGCUUUGGGGGACUCCAGGACAACACGAAAAUGAUCUCCUCCCUCCUCCUCCCCGCCAAGAACCUCCUGCUCCUGCUCCUGCUCCUGCUCCUGCUCCUGCUCCUGCUUCCCGCUCCUGCUUCCUGCUCCUGCUUCCUGCUCUCGCUUUUCUGCUCCUGCUUCCUGUUGAUGCUCUUGCUUCCUGCUUCCUGCUUCCUGCUCCUGCUCCUGCUCCUGAUCUUGCUUCCUGCUCCUGCUCCUGCUUCAGCCCUUCGUCUUCCUCUUCGUCGUUGUCGCCUAUACCCUCCUUUCCUCUCCGAUCCCUUCCUCUGCUUCUGUUCUUAGUCAUUUGCCAACUUUCAAUGUGAUUUGUUGGAGCUGGCUUUUGACUUGUUUUUUCAGAUUUCGUUCACAAUCUAAGAGUCUUCUAUCUCCCGAAGAGGAUUGAACUGAAAUAUCGGCCGCUGAUCUCUCGAUAGAGCUGAACAUCAUGGCAGAAACAUCCAAGGCUUCGGUCGGCACAGCAGAACUUGGGUUCCUCCUGGACCCAACAGUGGAGCAGCUUGUAUUGGCGCUGCUCAGCAGGAUUGAUGUGCAUUUCUUUGUGGAAGCAGUGCUGGUGAUCGUGAUUGGUUACCUGCUCUUUCAGAAGAGAUACAAGCCGCUGCAAGGAACCGAGGGCCUCACGGAGGGGGAGAUAGAUGAACUUUGCGAGCAGUGGACCCCUGAUCCCCUCGUUACCAAGGAGGCCAUGGAGAGCGUGGUGAAGAGGUCGGAGAGGGUUGUUACCUCCCACCAGGGCUGCCGCGUCAUCAUCAACGGCAAGGAGUCCAUCAACUUCGCCUCCUUCGACUUCCUCAACAUGCUGAACGAAGAGUCGAUCAAGGACGAAUGCGAGCAGACGAUCAGGAAGUAUGGAGUUGGCUCCUGCGGUCCCCGUGGCUUCUACGGCACCAUUGAUGUGCACCUGGACCUGGAGAGGGAGCUGGCUGACUUCUACGGGGCGGAGGGAGGGAUCAUCUAUUCGUAUGAUGCUGCAACAGCCUCGUCGAUUAUCCCAGCAUUCCUCAAGCGAGGGGACUUGGUCAUUCGAGACGAAGCCAUCUCGUACUCUCUGCAGGCGGGUAUCGACUUGUCACGAGCCUACGUGAAGGAGUUUCGCCACAACGACAUGGCGGACCUGGAGAGCAUCCUAGAGAUUGUCAAGCAAGCUGACGCGAAGAACCAGAAGCCAUUGAAUCGCAGGUUCAUCGUGGUGGAAGGAUUAUAUCAGAACACAGGAAUGAUCUGCCCGCUGCAAGAGGUGGUGGAGCUAGCGAAGCAGUAUAAGUUCCGUGUGCUCCUGGACGAGUCGAUGGCGUUGGGAACGUUGGGAGAGACCGGCAAAGGAUCGCUGGAGCACUGGGGCAUCCCAGCAUCGGAUAUAACCAUCCGUUGCGGCUCCAUGUCAAACUCUCUGGCCUCCAUUGGAGGCUUCGCCGUGGCAGAUGGGCCGAUCAUUGCACAUCAGAGACUGUCCAGCACUGGCUACGUGUUCUCCGCGUCUCUUCCUCCAUUCAACGCGACGGCAGCCAUUGCAGCACUGCGGAUCAUCCGGCAAGACAAGGAGAGAAUCUCAAAACUGCGCGAAAACUCAACCUUGGCUCAUGAAGUCCUCAGAGACAUGACCCUCAACUUGGAUAAGAACGCCUGCGAUACCCUGUGGCUCAUGGGCGAUGAAAUUUCUCCAGUCAAGCAUCUGCAUCUUCAGCAGGGAAAAGGAACAAGACAGGCUGACGAUGAAACUCUGCAGAAGAUCUGUGACGUCGUUCUCGACGAGUUCAACGUCUCGCUUGUCGUCGCCGACUAUUCUCCUCUUCAAAAGAUUGCUCCUCGUCCCUCUAUCAGGAUCACGAUCAAUUCUGCUCAGACUCGGGAGGAUAUCGAGAAGUGCGCGGCAGCGAUCGGCGAAGCAGCGAGGAAAGUGUUUGCAAGAGCUGCUUAG